AAACGUAACAUAUGUAUAAUAUAACUUGAGUGUUAAUGUAUUAGAAUAAAUGCGUGUAAAAAAAAUGUGUAUGUGUUGAUUGUAAACUUCUCGAUACGUGAUACUCGAUGAAAAUAUCAGCAGUACCUAUUCAUCGUUCGUUAUAAAGCACAUCGUCUUAUUUUAAACAUCGCCUGCGCCAAAUAAAAGCUGCUAUUUUCUAAAAUAUAUUUUAAGUGUUUUAAAAAAAAAAAAAUUGUGUUCAAGGUUUUAAAAUUUAAUUUAAAAAUGGCGUGUGAUUUAAUUGUGACACAUGAACAGUGGUUUAAAACAAUUCAAGAACAAUUGAAUAAAAAAUUUUUAAUUGAAAAAAUAGUUCCAAUAAAAAAUGAAAUGUUGGGUUAUUUAGGACAAUAUUUCAUUUUAAAAGGACGUAAAGAAAAUAUUGCAAAUCCUUCUGAGUUUAGUUUUUUUUUGAAAAUAGUGCCCAAUGGUGAAAAACAAAAAAAUUUUAUAAGACAAUCGUGUGUUUUUAAUAAUGAAAUUGUUCUCUAUGAGACACUAUUUCCUGCGAUGAAAUUUAAAAAUAAACCUAAUUUCAUUUUAGGUUUAAUGGACAAUUUUAUUUUAUUGGAAGAUAUGUCAGAAAAUUUUCAAAUGCAAGAUAAAUUAAAACCAUUUAAUUUGGAAUUUUGUAAAAUUACAUUAAAAACAAUUGCCAAAUUUCAUUCAAGAUCAUUGAUUUUUGAAAUGAAGGAAAAUAAAAUUUUGAAUUUUUUAAAAAAUGAAAAUAUUAAUUUACAUUCACCUGAAAAUUUAAUGGCGCAAGCAAUAAAAACAAAUAUUGAAGGUGUUUGUGGGAUAAUUGAUUUUAUUGCCGAUAAAAGUGAUAAACAAUGGGCAAAAGUGAAAAAAAUAUUACGAAAAGAAGCAAAAGAAUAUUAUGAUGAAAUAAAUUUCAAUGGAAAAAAAGUACUUUGUCACAGUGAUUUAUGGUCAAAUAAUAUUCUUUUUCAAUUUGAUAUUUAUAAAAAUCCAAUAAAAUGUUGCCUAGUGGAUUUUCAAUUAUGCAGAUAUGCACCACCGGCUUUUGAUGUCUUAAUUUUUUUAUAUUUUACAACGGAGAAAAAAUUGAGGCAAAAACAUUUUGAUGAACUUAUUGAUUUAUAUUAUGAUUUUUUAGAAAAAAAUUUAAAACAAGAUGGAAUAAAUAUUGAAAAAAUUUUACCACGAGUUGAAUUUGAUGAAUCGAUAAAAAAAUUGAAAAUUAAAGCAAUGACAGCAGUUAUUGCUUAUAUGAGUAUUGAUUUUUUAACUACUAAUAUCAAUAAAAAAGGUGCAGUAACUAAGGAAGAGGUGUGGAAUUGCCUUUCUUUUGAUACAAAAAAUUUAGUUUUAAAACAAUUUAAUACUGUUCAAGAAUAUAAAUAUAGAUUAAAAAAUAAUCUUGAGGAAUUAUUUCAAGCAAUAGUGGAAGAAGAAUUUAUUACUGAUAUGUUAUGAAUAUUUUAUUUUGUUUAAAAAAAAAUGAUGUUUUUUAAAAG